GGUGCCCUUUCCCUUAGGCAGGGAGGGAGCGGGUGGCCCCGCGGAGGACGGGCGACGAUGGCGGCCUUCUCCGAGAUGGGUGUUAUGCCUGAGAUUGCUCAAGCAGUGGAAGAAAUGGACUGGCUUCUUCCAACUGAUAUCCAGGCCGAAUCUAUCCCAUUAAUCCUAGGAGGAGGUGAUGUGUUGAUGGCUGCAGAAACAGGAAGUGGAAAAACUGGUGCUUUCAGUAUUCCAGUUAUCCAGAUAGUUUAUGAAACUCUGAAAGACCAACAGGAAGGUAAAAAAGGAAAAACAACAAUUAAAACUGGAGCUUCAGUGCUCAACAAAUGGCAGAUGAACCCAUAUGAUAGAGGGUCUGCUUUUGCAAUUGGGUCGGAUGGUCUUUGUUGUCAAAGCAGAGAAGUAAAGGAAUGGCAUGGGUGCAGAGCUACCAAAGGAUUAAUGAAAGGGAAACACUACUAUGAAGUGUCCUGUCACGACCAAGGUUUGUGCAGAGUUGGGUGGUCUACCAUGCAGGCCUCUUUAGACCUAGGUACUGACAAAUUUGGAUUUGGAUUUGGUGGUACAGGAAAGAAAUCCCAUAAUAAACAGUUCGAUAAUUACGGAGAGGAAUUCACUAUGCAUGAUACCAUUGGAUGUUAUCUAGAUAUAGAUAAAGGACAAGUCAAGUUUUCCAAAAAUGGAAAAGAUCUUGGUCUGGCAUUUGAAGUACCAGCACACAUGAAAAAUCAAGCUCUCUUUCCUGCCUGUGUUUUGAAGAAUGCUGAACUAAAAUUUAACUUCGGGGAAGAAGAAUUUAAGUUUCCACCUAAAGAUGGCUUUGUUGCUCUUUCCAAGGCACCAGAUAGUUAUGUUGUCAAGUCACAGCACACAGGUAAUGCACAAGUGACACAAACCAAGUUUCUUCCCAAUGCUCCAAAAGCUCUCAUUGUUGAACCCUCCCGGGAAUUAGCUGAACAAACUUUGAAUAAUGUUAAACAGUUUAAGAAGUAUAUUGAUAAUCCUAAGUUAAGGGAGCUUCUGAUCAUUGGAGGUGUUGCAGCACGGGAUCAACUCUCUGUUUUAGAUAAUGGGGUGGAUAUUGUUGUAGGUACUCCAGGAAGACUAGAUGAUUUGGUGUCAACUGGAAAACUGAACUUAUCUCAAGUCAGAUUCCUGGUCCUGGAUGAAGCUGAUGGGCUUCUUUCUCAAGGUUAUUCUGAUUUUAUAAAUAGGAUGCACAGUCAGAUUCCUCAGAUUACCUCUGAUGGAAAAAGACUUCAGGUGAUUGUUUGCUCUGCUACUUUGCAUUCCUUUGAUGUAAAGAAGCUGUCGGAGAAGAUAAUGCAUUUUCCCACAUGGGUUGAUUUAAAAGGAGAAGAUUCUGUUCCCGAUACUGUGCACCACGUUGUUGUCCCUGUGAAUCCCAAAAAUGACAGGCUCUGGGAAAGGCUGGGGAAAAACCACAUUAGGACUGAUGAUGUACAUGCAAAAGACAACACAAGACCUGGUGCUAACAGUCCAGAGAUGUGGUCGGAAGCUAUUAAAAUCCUGAAGGGAGAGUAUGCUGUCCGAGCAAUCAAGGAACACAAGAUGGAUCAAGCAAUUAUCUUCUGCAGAACCAAAAUAGACUGUGAUAACUUGGAGCAGUACUUUAUGCAACAAGGAGGAGGACCUGAUAAAAAAGGACAUCAGUUCUCGUGUGUUUGUCUUCAUGGUGACAGAAAGCCUCAUGAGAGAAAGCAAAACCUGGAGAGAUUUAAGAAGGGAGAUGUAAGAUUCUUGAUUUGCACAGAUGUAGCUGCCAGAGGAAUUGAUAUCCAUGGUGUUCCUUACGUCAUAAAUGUCACCCUGCCUGAUGAAAAGCAAAACUAUGUACACCGAAUCGGCAGAGUAGGAAGAGCUGAAAGGAUGGGUUUGGCUAUUUCCCUGGUGGCAACAGAAAAAGAAAAGGUUUGGUAUCAUGUGUGUAGCAAUCGUGGAAAAGGAUGUUACAACACAAGACUCAAGGAAGACGGGGGCUGUACUAUAUGGUAUAAUGAGAUGCAGCUGCUGUCUGAGAUAGAAGAACAUCUCAACUGUACCAUUUCUCAAGUUGAGCCUGAUAUAAAGGUUCCAGUGGAUGAGUUUGAUGGGAAAGUUACCUAUGGUCAAAAAAGGGCUGCUGGUGGUGGAAACUAUAAAGGCCAUGUGGAUAUUUUGGCACCUACUGUUCAAGAGUUGGCCGCCCUUGAAAAGGAGGCACAGACAUCUUUCCUGCAUCUUGGCUACCUUCCCAACCAGCUGUUCAGAACCUUCUGAUUUCCAUGUAGACUGAAUAAGAUUGGAGUAAUAAAGUCUGUAGUCUUAAAACUAACACAGUUGCACUGCUUCCAGGAGGCAGUAUUUAUAGUAACUAAGCUGUUAAUGCCAACUCUUGCAUGUCAAGAAACAUUCAUCGUAGGGAUUCUUUAUCAAAUGGCAGUCUAUGAAAAUAAAUUCAACUGUACUUUCA